CGUAACAGUAACUGAAAAAAGAGAGCGUGAUUGAUUGCGAGUAACCGAGUUUAAAAUUCUCUACCAUUUCUUUAAGACCCAGUCACCUUGAUACCUACCUCAUAAGCGUCAAAAAACAUUUCGUGUUCCGAAUUUCCCUCUUUCUAACGGCACUAUUCACUCUUCGCGAUGGGUCAACAACCCCCAAGCAUCCAGAAAGCGUUGGCGGCUGACGCCAAGCUCCGCUUACAUUUCCCUGGAGUCACCCACUUAAAAGCCGGCGACAACCUCACCAUUCCACAAGCCACGCCCGCGCCAACUCUGUCUAUUGCCACAAGCGCGCUGAAGUCGGAGCCCGGCAUCAAAUAUCUCGCCAUCUCGGUAGACCUGGAUGCGCCAUUCCCGUCUUGGUCCUUUCUCAGUCCCAUCUUGCAUGGUUUGCACUUCGACCUAGUACCCGGCACCCCCGACGCUGAUGGUUUCGUUCCGCUCGAGGGCGGCUCGGAAUGGCUUGUGCCUUGGCUGCCACCCGGACCGCCCAAGCCCAGCUCGGCACAUCGGUAUGUUUUCUUGGUGUUUGAGCAGCCCAAGGAGUUAGAUGCUGCCAAGAUCAGGACCUCGCUCAAAUUGGCCCAAGAAGUGAAAUUGACAGCCAGAUUGUGGUGGAAUGAGGAAGAUGCUGAGAAGAAGCUUGGGCUCGGCGAGGUUCUGGCUGGGAAUUACUUCAACACCCACGCUUAAGUGGUCGACUACGGGAAACCGUCGGUCCAUAUCACAGAUGGCAGCACAUGAUGGUCACUAAGUACAUGGCUAUCGAUUAUCUAAAGUCAAGAGACAUUGGGGGUUAGGAAGACUGUUUUGCUUAUCUUUCAGUAUGCGACCAUAAGAAUGAUACCAUAGAAUUUGCGUUAUGUUUCCUGUUCUCUUCAAGGCUAUUGCGUGAUGCGAGUCUGAAUUUGUCAUCCGAUGUUAUAACCGUUUAAUGAAUGAAUUACGGGACCAAUAUGCUAUCAACUUCCUUCAGGUCCCUGCGUGUUUGCUCCCAAAACAGUAUCUUACCUCCGAUGCGACUGAUAAGUUCUAACCAUCCUUGAUGGGCCCGGAAUCUACACCACCAACAGUACCUACCGUCUACCCUUGUAUCCCGACAGGCUCACGAAUCCCGCAGAAAGUGGUCAACGGCUCGCUACCAACCUUUGACAUGGCUGGAUAAAGUCUCUUGUCUGUGAUCAAGGUAGCGCCAGAGUUUAUGGACUUACAUCAUGGUCGUUGUCACAGUUUGGACAAGAGUUAUGCAAAAUCGAGUCGGACUUUGCGCAAUUGGUGUGUGCUCGAAACCAUCUAUCAUAAAACCUUAGACUAGGCGACUUUAACGGCACCAACGUCGUACCCCGUUCCUAUACACUUUUACUUCUCCCUCUAGUGUACAUCACCCAAGCCAGGCCGGUAC